UCCUCACCGCAAAUUCAUUGCAAAUUUACAGCUGCUUGUCUUUUUUCUUAAUUAUUAUCACUCAAAAAGUUCAAGGCAUUCAAGGUUAGAAGAUAGAUAUUAUCGUCUGUGAAGUGUGAAUAAAUUAGAUGUGAACUUCGUUAUCAUACACCUAUAAUGUCUGGUCUGUCAUUUAUAAAUUCGACUAAAGGAAGAGUAAUACUGGGUACGGUGUUUACGCUCCAUUUAGCGAUAUAUUUUGCGAAACCAUCAUUUUUCAAGCCAGAGACUAGAAAACCGCAAGAGGUCCCGCCGAAAUAUCUUCCGUAGACAUAACCUUCAACGUACGGAAAUUAAAUUGUAAAAAAUUAACGAGUUUCAUUGAUUAAUGCUUUAUAAAAGGAUUGUAGUUUUUCCUGUUAGCUUAGUUAGAACGGGAAAAGUAUUUCAUUUAAACAGGAAAAUGAGUCAAUCAGGAAAAUUUAAAGUGUUUGUCACUCGCUCUGAUAUGCCAGAGGGUGGAAUAAAUAUUCUAAGGAAACAAUGUGACGUUAGACUAUGGGAAGAUCCACUGCCCAUUCCAAGAGCUGAUCUACUGAAAUCAAUAUCUGGAGUGAACGGUAUUUACUGUUCCCUCACUGAAAAGAUAGAUAAGGAAUUAUUAGAUACUGCAGGGGAGGGGCUAAAAGUUGUAGCGACAAUAUCUGUAGGACAUGAUCAUAUUGAUGUUGCGGAAUGUAAGAAGAGAGGCAUUCGCAUUGGGUAUACUCCUGAUGUGUUGACAGAUGCUACGGCUGAAUUAACCCUAGCGCUUCUACUAUCGACAUCACGAAGACUUCCAGAGGCACAGAUUGAAGCUAAAACUGGUGGUUGGGUUUCCUGGGCUCCAACAUGGAUGACAGGACCUGGCUUAGCUGGAGCCACGGUGGGUGUUGUCGGCUUCGGCAGAAUCGGCCAAGCCGUCGCCAAACGCGUCAAGUCUUUUAACACAGCUCAAAUUCUGUACUUCAACAGAAGUGAACGACCAGAAGCCAAAGAAAUUGGUGCAGUUAAAGUUACCUUUGACGAACUUCUAGCUAAAAGCGACUUCGUCAUCUGCUGCGCCGCUUUGGUUCCAGAAACAAAGGAAAUAUUCAAUAAAAGUGCAUUUGAAAAGAUGAAGAAAACUGCCAUUUUCGUGAAUAGCAGCCGAGGUGGUACUGUUGACCAAAACGCGUUGAUAGAAGCCUUGCAGAAUGGUACGAUACGGGCUGCGGGGCUUGAUGUAACUACGCCAGAGCCUCUGCCUCUCGAUAGUCCAUUGUUCAAACUGAAGAACUGUGUAGUUCUACCUCAUAUUGGCAGUGCAUCCAUUGAAGCGAGAAAUACCAUGAGUGAAUUGACAGCAAAUAAUAUUAUUGCCGCUCUGAACGGCAAAGAGAUGCCAGCAGAAUUAAAGUAGAUAUUUUAAGCUUUAAUACAUUAUAUUUUUUGCUAUUUAUAUCUUGUGGAUAUAUUAUUAUUUUGAAUAUAUUUUAUUUAUCAGUA